ACAGUGUUGCUAGGAGACGGAAAAGCGCCGUUCCUGCUCCUUGUUUUUUCUGAAUUUGUUGUUUGGUGUUUUUCGGCUGGUUUAAACGGAUGGAGAUUGUACACGAGUACACGAAGGCCCGCGGGGACUUUGGCCGCCAAUGUCUCUUCUCGGACCAGCCCGCGGAACUUCUUGCGGACGUGGCCCCGGACUCGGACCUGGCGCUGCAGUUCAUGACGAGAAGUAGCAGAGUUCAGGCGCUUCAGUGUUCUCAAGACAUGUCCGAGCACCAGGUGAACACAGAGAGGUUUGAAUCAGAAAGCCGUGGAAUAAACCAUGUGGAAGGGGGGUGGCCCAAAGACAUCAACCCCCAAGACAUGGAGCAAACCAUUCGUUUCAGGAAGAAGGUGGAGAAGGAUGAGAGCUACUUGAUUAGCAUCAUGCAGCUUGGUGAUGUUAUAGGGCACUGCGUUGGACAGAACACCGCCGUCAACAUAUACCAGAAGUACUUUGAGGAUGAAGAUCUGCGGGACAAAAUUCAGGAACCGCCAUCUGCUAAGACCAUCAAUGUGUUCAGAGAUCCGAACCAGGUGAAGCGAACUGUCACCUGUCUGUCCUGGCACCCCGACGGAGGUAGAAAACUGGCAGCUGCCUACUCAUGCCUGGAGUUCCAGAAAGCUUCCACAGACAUGAGCCCGGAUGCAUACAUUUGGGACAUUGAGAACCCCAACAAACCUGAGCUGACUCUGAAGCCUGCGUCUCCUCUUGUCUGUUUGGACUACAACCCAAAAGACUCACACACUUUUGUUGGCGGGAGCUACAAUGGACAAAUUGUGUUCUGGGAUACCCGUAAAGGCAGUCAGCCUACGGAUGUUUCCUCUCUGGAGCAGAGUCACAGGGAUCCAGUCUAUAAGACCAUUUGGUUGCAAUCCAAGACCGGAACAGAAGCCUUCUCUGCAUCCACUGAUGGACAGAUUCUGUGGUGGGACGUCCGUCGGCUGAGCGAGCCCACAGAGCAGUUGAUUCUGGACUUGGGUCGGGAAGGAAACCUAGACCGGGCUUUAGGAGCGAUCUCCCUGGAGUUUGAAUCCACCAUGCCAACCAAGUUCAUGGUGGGGACCGAACAGGGUAUUGUUGUGUCCUGUAACAGAAAGGCAAAGACUACAUCUGAAAAGAUAGUCUGUAGCUACGACAGCCACCAUGGACCUGUCUAUGCGCUACAGAGGAACCCUUUCUUCCCCAAAAACUUCCUCAGUGUGGGGGACUGGAGGGCUCGCAUCUGGUCUGAGGACAUCAAGGAGUCGUCCAUCAUGUGGACCAAGUACCAGAUGUCGUUCCUGACAGAUGCCUGCUGGAGUCCUGUCAGGCCCGCCGUCUUCUUCACUGUGAAGACCGAAGGCGUGCUGGACACCUGGGACGUCUUGUUUAAGCAGAACGACCCCACGCUGAGUGUAAAGGUGUGUGAUGAAGCCCUGUAUAGCCUGCGGCCUCAUGAGAGCGGACGCCUGGUGGCUUGCGGCUCUCAGCAGGGUGCAGUUACAUUACUGGAGAUCUGCUUGGGACUGUCCAGCCUCCAGAAGAAUGAGAAGAGUCUAAUGGCUGAGAUGUUUGAGCGCGAGGCCAAGCGCGAGAAGAUCCUGGAGGCUCGUCAGAAGGAGCUACGACUGAAGGAAAGGAGUCGGUCCGAGCAGAGCCGAGAGGACGAGGCGAGCCGAGACGCGGCGGAGCGAGAGGAGACUCCUGAGCAGUUGAUCGCCAGAGCUGAGCAAGACUUUUUCAGCAUGGUGGAAGCUGAGAAGAGGAGGAGGAAGGAAAGGGAGCAAGAAAAAAAGCAGAUGGGAGGAAGACAAAAAGAUUGCACCAGUGGAGCUCAGCUUGGUGUGAAGCGCAGUCAUCCUAAAUCACUCUGACCGAUAGUCACAAGAGACUCAACAUUUGGCUAAAACAUCUCCAUACAUUUUACAGUAUAGAUUGGUUGUCCUCAUUAGGGACGCUGGUGAGCUGGAGCCAAUCCCAGCUGAUUUUGGGCGAGAGGCUGGGUGCACUCUUGACUGGUUGCUAGCCAGUCACAUAUGGACAGAAACCAACGCUCACAUUCACACCUAUUGACAAUUUAGAGUCUUCAAUGAACACUAACAUGCAUGUUUUUGGAAUGUGGGAGGUAACCACAGUAGCCAGAGAGACAACCCGCACAAGCACUGGGAGAACAUGCAAACUCCACACAGGAAGGCCAGAACCAACAUCGGAAUCCCGACCUCAGAACUGUCACACACAUGCUAACAACUCGUCCACCAUACCACAAAUCAAGUAAUUCCUGGGAAAUGUAUGCCUGGCUAAUGUGUUUGGAAUGGAGAGUAAAGAGGAUGGGUCACUGAUGGUGUAGUGGUACACUUGCCUGACUUUGGUGCGGGCAGCGUGGGAUCAUUUCCCACUCAGUGACGGUGUGAAUGUGAGUGUGAAUGGUUCUCCGUGUCUAUAUGUGCCCUGCGACUGACUGGCGACCAGUUCAGGGCGUAGUCCGCCUUUCGCCUGAAGUCAGCUGGGAUAGGCACCAGCGCCCCGCGACCCUAACCAGGAUAAGCGGUGUUGACAAUGGAUGGAUGGAGUAAAGAGGUUGGAUUUGCCUGCUUGAUUGUGCGGCUGACUUUCCAUCCUGGAUUACCAGCGACAUGCUGUAUUGUGUCACAAGAGCAAAGAGUUUGCUAAUGCGGAAAUGGUGAUUGAGCUGCAUAAUUUAUUCAUACCAGUUGGAGUGAGUGUUGGAAUGAGGAACUCUUCCUCACGACCUAAGCAAAUCACUGACAGCUGUCUGUCAAUUAAGCAGAGUGCUUUUAUGAGGCAGCGUUUGGGUGCUCUAACCCGCAAUGGCUGUGUCAUUUACGACGCAUGCUCAUUUUGAUAAUGCUACUCAACUCAAGCACGCAGUAGAUUGAACAAUUACCUGAAUGGAAAACAGCAAGGUGGAGAUUGGUUAGCCCAUCUGUCUCACAGUCAAGAAGUUGUGGGGUUGAAUCUCGACUCAGGGCUUCCUGUGUGGAGUUUUCAUUCUCCCUGUACUUGUGUUGUUGUUUUUUUCAGGGUUUUUCAGAUUCCUGCCACGUUCCAAAAACGUACAUGUUAGGUUCAUUUAAAACUAUAAAUAGUCCAUCGCUGUGAACAAGAGUGUGAAUAGUUUGUAUGUGCCCUGUGCUUUGCUGCCAAUUUUUCUCUCAGUUGUCUGGAUUUUUGGUGCUUGGCUAAAACCAAGACCAAGUACACACUUGGGCUUUCUGGCAUGAGUCGGCCCUCCCCAACUAUAUAAAUACUGAGCACCUUCAUUGCAUCAGUGGCUAUUCGCCACAAUGAAGAACUUAUCCCAUUGUCACCACUACAAGAUGCAGUUAGCUAGCAAGCUAUGCUAAAAAAAAAAAUGCAUCUUCCCUGAAGUGUUAUGUGUUAUUGGGUCUCUGUUGUGUGGCGUGUGGAGCCGCCGCUGAGUCUUAUGCUGUUUUACUUUUAUGAGAUUCCGCACCAACAGGUGCAUUUUUGUGCAAUAACCUGUGCAAAUGUGGUGGGAAGGCAAUAUGUCAAAGGUGAUCAAUGUAGACCUGGAAAUUAUGUAAAGGUUUACCAAAAAUUCAGUUGAAGUGACACUUUGGCAUAGUUUGCUUCAUAUUUUGUCAAGGUUCUUGUGGAUACUGGAUUCUGAACCUUCAGUCGUGUCAGUUGCUGCGCAUUGCUGCAGGCACUACACAAACUCUGAGUCACCUCAUCAUGAGGAACUGCUUGUUUGAUCGCUCCCAACUUCUCUGAAAGAUCUAUUAACUGAACAGUCAGGCAGUCUAUCGAAAAACUCCCUUUCUUCCCAUCAGCCGCUGCUGUGGGAGGCUAAGGAAACCUACACGGUCAUGAGUGGGGUAAAAAGCAGCCCUAUCCCAUCUAUUAUUCACAAAAGCAUACGCGAGCAGCUGUUUCCAGCCUCAUUAGACCAAGAUCACACCAAGACGUGUAACACAAUCGUCCAUCUGAUUGCACUAUUGCAUACUUGCAGUGAAGAUCAAGGCAAUGUGCAGUAGCUCCAAGCACCACAUCAAAAAAGAAUAAAUGAUUAAAAGUAAGAAUAUUUCUGAUGGGGUUGUAAAGCAAAUGUCUUGAGAAGUCCCAGUGCAUUUGAGCAUUGCAGAUCGUGCUGGCGAUUCCCUGAAUGCCCUGGCCUGUCACUCAUGUUGAUUCGGCCACUAAUUAAGAAAAUUGCUACAGAAGGGGCCUCUUAGUUCACACAAAUCAAUGGUGUUGUCUUUCGAGGCUGCGCUUGGUCAAUAUUUAAGAAAUAGCCUAUGCUUUGAUUUAAAUGUGGUUGCGUAAUCAUUUUUUCCCUAUAUUAUGUGUAUCCAAUUUGAUUCCAUUCAUUGACGUCUGUAUUGCAUCUCAGUGUUUAUUGUUGGUGCACAUUUGAGGUCCCUUUUUUCUGCUCCAGUGCACAACAGCCAGAUCCUUUAACUAGAUUAAUUUAGAAGAGUGGAUUGAAGAUGGAAAACUGUAAAUUGGAGGGAGGAGGAGAGCAUGAAGGGAAUAGGAAGAAAGUGAAUGAGUGGACAGAGUAACUGCAGCUCAUAGUCCUAAGGUUGCAUAUAAGUCUCCACAGAGAGUUGGUGCAAGCGUAGGCAAUUUUUUACGCAGCUACAGAAGAGCGUGAUAAUCCAGUUAAAUGAAAAUGUAAACACCAAAUAAUCCCCCACAACCCAGGCCUCAUCAUAUUCUUAUAAAUCCUCUCUAACAUCCACACAGCCAGAUAUUCAUUAAUAUAGCAGAUAUCGUUAGCACUGAGUGGGUAUAAUAACUUACUUAGUGCAGCAAAUUAGAAAUAUUCUGUUUGGGGAUAGGAAUGAUGCAGCGUGGAGGGGGGAAAACUGUUUUGUUUUUUUCUUUGCAAAAAUAUCCCAUCAAAUGUUUGCACUUUUUCAUUAUGGAGUGUUGUAUGUAUAUGUGAUCUAUUUUGGAAUAUGGCGACAACAAAACAAAAUGUGGAAAAAGCGAAGCAUUGUGAAAACCUUCCAGAAGCACUGCAAGCAAAACAUGCAAAGCUGAUACUUUGUAAGUCGAAAUCUUAAGAGUUUUCACUGAACUGUGGUUGUAUUCUGAAAUAAGCAGGUAAGAUAAUACAGUGGUGCCUUGA